AUUCUUCGUACACCGACAAUUUCAAUUUCCCUCGCAAGCACAGUGCCACAGUCGACUCUGCUUUUUCUCGAUCAUCGAAUCAGACGAAAGAUGCAAACCCAAAAGGUUGAAAAAACGUUCAAUGUAACUAAAGCCAAACAAAUUAAAUGCAUUCGCACCUUAUUCCAAGAAUUUGGAGAUAGGCCAGAGCAGAGGAGGAGAAAAGAAGAUGGAAGAUUUUGCUCAGGUAGCAGGUGUGAACGCUCUGGGAGUGAUCAAUUUAAUCAUCGCGGCAUCCAAAAAUGCCACUACCCAUAAAAGGAACUGCGAGCAGUUAGCGGAGCACGUGAGAAUGAUCGGCAACCUAUUAGAGAAGCUAAAGUCGACGGACCUGAUGAAGGUGUCGGCAACAGCAGAGCCGCUUGAAGGGUUAGAGAAAGCUCUUGGAAAAGCUUUGGAGUUGGUGGACAGUUGCAGAGAAAAGAGCUACUUUUACAUGCUUGCCAUGGGCUGGAGCGUAGUUUAUCAGUUUCGCCUGGUUCAGAAUGAAAUUGAUCGAUACCUGAAGCUCGUUCCCUUGAUUGCCAUUGUUCAUGAGUGUAGAAUGCAGAAUGUGCACGUAAGCUUGGAAGCUGUAGAAGGUGAUCAUCGUGAAUACACUCUAGACGUGGAGGAUGUUGAUGCCCAAAGAGCAGUACUGAAACCUGAUCGAUCAAAGAAAGAUGCAAAUGUAUUAGAGAAGUCACUAUCUAGAAGGUAUCCUGACUUGAGAUUCCAUGAAGCUCUCAAGGAGGAGAAGGAGAAAUUACAUCUUGAGCUGCACCUCUCACAAGCAAACAAUGAUCCCAAGAAGUGCAGAAUCAUUGAACAUCUUAUUGACGUCACGCAAAAUGUCAUUAAUGUGCCAGCUGAAAAGUUUCUUGCCCUCAAUGCACAACCUUACAUAGGAACUGGGUGGGUAUCAACUGCAAAAGUUGGCAAGGUGCAGAUGGUGAAUGCCUCACAGGCUGAACAUCUAGAAAAAUCAGAGUGGCAAACUGACCUCUUUGACUGUUGCAGUGAACCCUGUUUAUGCUUCAAGGCAUGUAUCUAUCCAUGUGGCAUAUUCCCAAGGAUUGCUAGUUUGGUUUCGCAUGGGAAAAUAACUCGUGAACAUGCACUGAAUGAUCUGUUGACAUACUCCUUAUUCUGUGGUUGUUGCUGUUAUACUUGUUGUGUAAGAAGACGCCUGAGACGACUUUUCAAUAUUGAGGGAGGUUCAUGUGAUGAUUUUAUAACUCAUCUUAUGUGUUGCUGUUGCGCUAUGAUCCAAGAGUGGCAUGAACUCGAACUGAGGGACUUUGAAGGUUGUCAAGGGAGGAAGAUGAUUCCACCUCCAUACCAGUAUAUGAAGCCUUGAACUCAGUCAACCAUUCUGCGAAAGGUCAAAAUUCGCAAUCUUCCACACUGUUGUGGAAAUCUUUCUACAGGUGUAAAAUAUUAUUAUUAGAUAGAGCUUUACGAAUAGAUACAUAAAGUUUUUGUAGAUAUAUAUAAGCUGCAACCUUUGCUAUUAUGUACUAGAUUAAGUAGACAGGAAGCCAUCAAAGCUCUAAGGAUCUAGUAGUGAUUUAUGCAGGUAGUUUUAUCAGGUCCAGGACGCAAGGUGCACAAGUUUGAGCAGAGUAAUGGGGUGCCCUUCCCCUCCCCUUUUUUUCUUCCAUUAAUCAAGACAAACAAUGAUAUCUAGAUUUUUGAUAACCACAUUGUCAAUUCUUAAAGUACAGCACGAGUGAGAUUUGGAAAAACAUAUAAGAGCGGA